AUGUCAAGUAAGCUCUUCUUCGUUACUCGAUGGGCCAGUCACUGCUGUGGUUCGUGACUGACGUUCAGAUACCAAAGAUGAGGACACGUUGUCGGCUUGCCUUGACUUGGCCCGACGACUGCCGCCGCAUCGGAUCGAGCACAAUCUUGGCCUCCUGUGCGACAUUCUGCCGGACUUGGCCGACGACAUACUCAGCUCCGUCGAUCAGCCGCUCAAGGUACAUGUCGACAGAGAAUCGAAGCAAUACCUUGUCAGUCACUCACAAGACACUCGAUUGGGGCGCAUGCCCGAGGUGACGGACGGGUGUCGUCACUCGAUGGUCCGACCCGACCGUGCGGCUGAUGGGGCUUGACCGACAUGUCCCAGGUCUGUGAUUACAAUCGAGAUGGAGAGUCGUACAGGCGAGUCGCAAUAGGCAGUCCGCAAUACGCAGUAGCCAUAUCAGCUGCUUGUGGUUCUGACCACCUCGCCUUUCGCUCUACGCUGUAGGUCGCCCUGGACAAACGCCUACGACCCACCACUUGCGGAUGGAACGACGCCUUCGCCCAAGCUGCGCCAACUUGAAAUUACUAUGAACGAUAGCUUUGAUGUGUAUCGAGACUUGUAAGCUUCUGCCAAUACGGGACGACCGCCAGACCGCUACCUUUUAUUACUCACAAUGCUGAGCGGAGCCCCCGCUCUCUCGCCAUUCCUUGUUAAUCAGGUAUUAUGAGGGGGGCGUGUCGUCAGUUUACCUAUGGGAUGUCGACGGUGGAUUUGCCGGAGUCGUCCUGUUGCAGAAAUGUCGGUUACACUCAAGCACGAGCCAGAGCAGGAUCGUCGAUCCCGCGCCUGCUAACAUGGCGCCCCUGAUUUACUUUGUAUUGGCGCACUCUAGCCAAUGGAAUGUCGUCUUCGUCUGCGUCCGCUUCCUCUUGGGACUCGGGCAAGUCUACUUUCUGUUGGCGACGUGGAUCUAGGGCUGCUGGGCUGCUAUUGACUCGCGCGAGUGACCUCACCGACAGUGCACGUUUUCGAGGCCUCAGAGCGAGGUAGAACGGCGCAUUACAAACUUACAUCUACAGUGAUGCUUUACAUCUCGAGGACAGCAAGAGAAGCGCCUGAGCAGAGCGAAUUCACUCUAUGCGGUAGCAUGACGCGCCAGGUAAGAGCUAUCAACUUGCUACAGCUUGUUGGACGACUCACUACCAGUGCUGAUACUACGUUUGAUGGUGCGAGCAACUGCGCAGAACGAGUUGGAAGCGCCACUCGACCCCGCCUCGAACCAGCUAGGCUCCCACAUAGUCAAUCUGGGUCGCCUGAUCGAGGACAUGGAGAUCAAGAUGCGCAACCUUUUGCAAGAGGUAUACUUCAGCAGUACGUGGGAAGGUAUGCUGAUCAGAGCAAUCCCGCAAGCAGCGCUGACAGUUGGACUCUGACUGCUUGUAGAGACAAAAGACAUCGUCUCAUCAUUACGCUCGACUGUUGGGUAUGGCGAGCAGAACAAACGAUUGGCACUGCAGGGCGAGCUAGUAGGACUACUCCGAGGCAAGAAUGCGGCACAGGCGGGAUCCGGUUUGUCGGUCUGA